GCCCGGAGCUGCAGGCGAAGCAGGGGCCGCCCCUUGGCACCCCGUCCCCGCCCCCGGCCCCCGGCCCAGUCGCCCACCCCGCCAACUCGCGAGGCCUCUGGCUUGUCCCGCCGUCUGUCGGCGCCAGCGGAGCAAGACAGAAGCAACGGCCCCUGCCCACCUGUAUCCAGUUGGGUUCAGCAUGGCCAACUUCACACCCGUCAAUGGCAGCUCAGCCAAUCAGUCUGUGCGCCUGGUCACGGCAACCCACAACCACCUGGAGACAGUGGAGAUGGUGUUCAUUGCCACGGUGACAGGCUCCUUGAGCCUGGUGACUGUUGUGGGGAACAUCCUGGUGAUGCUGUCCAUCAAGGUCAACAGGCAGCUGCAGACAGUCAACAACUACUUCCUGUUCAGCCUGGCGUGCGCCGACCUCAUCAUAGGUGCGUUCUCCAUGAACCUCUACACCGUGUACAUCAUCAAGGGCUACUGGCCCCUGGGCGCGGUGGUCUGUGACCUGUGGCUGGCUCUGGACUAUGUGGUGAGCAACGCCUCUGUCAUGAACCUUCUCAUCAUCAGCUUCGACCGCUACUUCUGCGUCACCAAACCCCUCACCUACCCUGCCCGCCGCACCACCAAGAUGGCCGGCCUCAUGAUUGCGGCUGCCUGGGUCCUGUCCUUUGUGCUCUGGGCCCCUGCCAUCUUGUUCUGGCAGUUUGUGGUGGGCAAGAGGACGGUGCCUGAUAACCAGUGUUUCAUCCAGUUCUUGUCCAACCCGGCGGUGACCUUUGGCACGGCCAUUGCGGCCUUCUACCUUCCCGUGGUCAUCAUGACGGUGCUGUACAUUCACAUCUCACUGGCCAGCCGCAGUCGAGUCCACAAGCAUCGACCUGAGGGCCCCAAGGAGAAGAAGGCCAAGACUCUGGCUUUCCUCAAGAGCCCCCUGAUGAAGCCGAGUAUCAAGAAGCCUCCGCCAGGGGGCGCCUCUCGGGAGGAACUGCGCAACGGGAAGCUAGAAGAGGCCCCUCCGCCAGCCCUGCCCCCGCCGCCGCGCCCGGUGACCGACAAGGACACGUCCAAUGAGUCUAGCUCGGGCAGUGCCACCCAGAACACCAAGGAACGGCCACCCACAGAGCUGUCCACCACAGAGGCCACCACACCAGCCCUGCCCGCCCCUACCCUGCAGCCACGGACCCUCAACCCAGCUUCUAAAUGGUCCAAGAUUCAGAUUGUAACAAAGCAGACGGGCAAUGAGUGCGUGACGGCCAUCGAGAUUGUACCCGCCACGCCGGCUGGCAUGCGCCCAGCAGCCAAUGUGGCCCGAAAGUUCGCCAGCAUCGCUCGCAACCAGGUGCGCAAGAAGCGGCAGAUGGCGGCCCGUGAGCGCAAAGUGACUCGGACCAUCUUUGCCAUCCUGUUGGCCUUCAUCCUCACCUGGACACCCUACAAUGUCAUGGUCCUGGUGAACACCUUUUGCCAGAGCUGUAUCCCCGAGAGGGUGUGGUCCAUCGGCUACUGGCUCUGCUACGUCAACAGCACCAUCAACCCUGCCUGCUAUGCGCUCUGCAAUGCCACUUUCAAAAAGACCUUCCGGCACCUCCUGCUGUGCCAGUAUCGGAACAUCGGCACAGCCAGGUAGACAGGCAGGUGCCCUAGGAGGUGCUGGUGUCAUGAGUGUGUCCCGGGGAACCACAUGGGCUCACCGGCUGUGGAGGAGAGGAGAGAGUAGGCGGCCCCAUUCUGAGUUCGCAUCUGCUCAAGAGAACAGGUCUCUUAGACAGUGAGGCACCAGAGACUCCUCGCUGGGUCUGGAGAGCAGAUCGCUACCGAAGCCCAGGAGGCUUAGCCCAGGGAGGGUCUGAACUGGCACCACCUGGCCCCUGCCUGUCACCCUGCCUCAGGAAGACGGGGAACAAUGGCCGGGAGUGGGCAGCUGCCCUGUCAAGGCCAACUAUCAGCAGAGGUGGAAGAAGGAACAGGAGAGCAGAGGCCAGGAGCAUCUUGAGAGGAGCAAAGGAGCCAGGCUUGGAAGGGUGGGGUACCCCGUUCUGCUGUAAUAAUCGGUGCUUUCCGCCUCCCUGCACCCCCUCCCCCUGCAUGUAGGCUCAGCCUUCCCCUUGCACCCAAGUCCCACGCCAGGGUGAGAGAUUUUCCUGCCAUAGUUGCUCGGCCAGGCUCUGGGUGGGGGAAAGCCAGGCUGAGGUGUCCUGUCACUUCUGUCCCUUCCCUGGCCAGCAGUCACAUAUGGACGGGGCAACUGGGAAGCCAAGCUAAGAUACAGUCUCCAGGGGACCAGGACAGUCAAACAGUGGUGGGUCUUGCUGUCCAGAGCACCCCCCGCCCCAGGUCACACAUCCAAUGAAGGGCAGGUUCCCUCUGCCUCUGCAUGAGGGAAGGAGGGGCCCCAGGGAAAGAAGGGGUGGCAGGGGGACCCUGGUCCAGACAGGCUUCCUUGGCAGGUGAGGCGAGCAAGCACCCUUGUCUCUCCCCAGUGAGAACUUUCCAAACCGGCAAGAGCCUGGACCAAGACUCUUGGCUAGGUGAGGCAGAGUUCAAGUGAGCGAUCUGGGUUCUCUUCCCUGACCCCCAGCCCUGUGGUUCCUGGGAGAGAUGGUACCCAGGGGCUCCGGAAGACAUUUUCAUAAACGUCCUGCUCUUUCCCUGAGCGGUUGGGAGCACUUCCUAGCUACCCUCAACUCCCUUCGGCCCAUCUGUCCCCACCCCCAACAAAGCUCCAUGGCAAAUCCCCUGGGAAGGGGCUUUUAUAUAUUAAAAAAGCUUUU